AUGGCUUCUAGUACUCGCGAUUCUCACUCUUACGCCUGCGAUGAGUGCCGUCUUCGAAAGUCCAAGUGCUCUAAGGAACGGCCAACCUGUGCACAAUGCAAGCAGCUGAACAAAGAAUGCAAAUAUAGCCCGAAAAUCAGCAGGAGCCCCCUUACACGACAACAUUUGACCUUUGUCGAGGAUCGCUUGCAGGCAUUCGAAACCGCCCUGGGAAGAUUGUUUCCAGGCGGCGACUUGGAUGCGACUGUUCGUUCCCUGUUGCAGGAUCAGGGUGCGCAGUCAAAACCUGGUCCAUCUUCUAAAUCUUCUAAAUCCUCUUCAAGGCAUUCAACCCCGGGCAAGGCCGAGGCUGAUCGAACUGAACCAGCCCCAGAAGCUCUUCCGCAGCAGGCGGAUGGGUUUGACUGGGCUGAGAAGGAGAUUGUGCUUGGUGACUUGACGGAUGGCAUGGCUGCCUUGUCCAUCAAGCCAGAGGGCGCAGGAUACUUUGGGGCAUCUUCAAGUGUGGUGCCACUCCGUGCUUUAUUGAAACAUGGCUUUGACCUCAACAUCCCCGCUGGUUCAGGAAAGUCGAGUGUCACAACGGAAAGCGUGCCGUUAAAAUCACAGCUCCUGAGCACCGCGCCGUCUGGCCUGAUCGAGCAGGCUUUCAUGGAUGCCUUUUUCCUCAACUACCACAGCAGUUAUCCGUUUGUUCACGAGCCCUCUUUCAGGGCGCAGUUUUACGAGCAAAUUCCCCGUCCACAUGGCCAGGCAUGGCAGAUCCUCCUAAACACAAUUUUAGCACUAGGGGCAUGGAGUAUCGGAGAUGACAACUCGGAUCUAGACAUCACUUUUUACCAGGAAGCUAGAGGUUAUCUGCAGAAUAUCUCCGUCUUUGAGACAGGAAACUUGACCCUCGUCCAGGCCUUGCUCCUCUUGAGCAACUAUGCACAGAAAAGAAAUAAACCGAACACAGGAUGGAACUUUCUCGGAUUAGCAGUCAGGAUGGCCAUGAGUCUCGGUCUUCACAAGGAAUUCCACGGGUGGAACAUCAGCCUUCUUCAGCGAGAGAUCAGGAGAAGGCUAUGGUGGGGUGUUUAUAUUUUCGACAGUGGUGCCGCCAAAACCUUUGGACGGCCUAUUCUUCUCCCAGAGGAUAGUGUAAUGGACGCAAAACAUGUUCUCAACAUCCAUGACGAGGCUCUUACAUCAACAACCACCACCCUCCCUGCCGAGGCCAACGGUCCAACUCUAUACUCGGGAUUGAUCGCCCAGGCUAGAUUCCACCUCUUGACGAAUGGCGUUUAUCAGCGCCUGAUUUCAAGCCCAAGCCUCACACCGGAAGAGACAUUAAAUCUCCAAAAACCAAUGGAAGAGUGGUACAAUGGCCUUCCUUAUUAUCUCAAACAACCCGCAACCACACCCGAGUCGGACUCGCUUGCCCUUGUCCGCAACAGGCUGAUGUGGCGAGACUGGAAUUUGAGGAUUCUCGUGUAUCGACCGAUUCUUCUCCGCUGGGCCUCCAGAAGAUGGACCCCCAACACCCCUUCUGAAGAGGAAGACCCCCUUGAAGCUGAUUGUAGGAUGUUUUGUCUGCGCAAUGCGAGGUUGACCAUCGGUUCGAUCUCGGACUAUGUGAAUAACUAUAUUUGCGCGAGAUUAGGAGCGUGGUAUAUGCUAUACUUCCUCUUCCAAGCCGGUUUGAUCCCCGUCAUCCUGCUCAUGACCGAUCCUACCAGUGCCGAUGCCCCGAGCUGGCUCCAGGAUAUCGAGACCACCAAAAAGCUUCUCACUCACCCUUCUCUGAGUAACAACCGGCUUUCUACCCGCUGUCUGGAAGUCAUUAAUCGACUCUGUUCUCCUGCAUAUGCGAGUGCCGAUCCCAGCAGAGCGUAUGGACACCCGCCGAUGAUGAUGAACUUUCCGGAUUCACUAUUCAACGAUGCCACCUUUGGUAGUAUCUUCCAGGGCGUUGACCAAGAGUUGAACAUAGGAGGGAUGGAUUUCUCCGAUUGGGUGAAUUUCACGCCGCAAACCGAUCUUUCAUGA